GAGAUCCAAAGGUGGGCAGGAGCACACGGAGGGCCUUGUCAGCCGGCAUGGGAACUGGGAAUUUAAGGACCAUGGGGAAGGACAAUUUGGGGCAGGGCUACCCCAAGCGGAUCCCCUUUGUGUUUUGCAAAGACUCCCCUGGAGGGUGGAUUUCAUAGGAGCUAGUGAGGAGCACGGGGUGUGGGUGGGGGUCGUCCAAGGGAUAGAUGAGCCUGGGGUCUAUGGAGAGAGAAUGGAAAAGAACCAGGGUUGCUGGGGUGUGAAGCAGGGGCUUUCGGCUGGGUCAGAGAGGGGGCCUCAGCACCCUUCUAGAGAUUUCGGGCCGUGAAUAAACAGGCCCUCUCCCAGCUUUUCUCCUUAUCUUCAAGGGGAGCGGUGUCUGCCCCACCCUGCCCCCUGCCAGGCCAGCUGGGACUGCAGCAUGGCCCCUACUGAGGUUGAGAGAGCGUGACAGCUGGGCUAAAGGCAGUCUGCAAUUGAGGCCUGUGUCAGCAGGUGUUCAUUGUCUGCGCCAAGACCAGGAAAGGUUUGAGAGCGCUGGUAGGACAGGUGCACAAAGGCCCUUUGUCAAGGCUAGGGUGAUUUCUGGGAGGGAUGCCCUAGAGGCUAACCCCUCCCUGGACAGCUUGGGGUAGGAUUCCCAACCUAGAGCUGGUGGCCCCAACAGCAGAUAGAGCCAAUGUAUGCCAGGGUUGGAUGUAGGUCUGGAAGACUUCGCUAUAAAGCAGCAGCCCAGAGACGUGGGGCACCGGAGUACCCCCUGUCUGGGGAUUCUAGGGCCCAAGCCAUCUUCACCCCAGUUAGUGGGGGAAUGGUGGCUCCUGCUCUUGAAGGCUGUGUUUGCAGUAAAUUGUGAUGAAAUCAUGAAUUCAGAGGCAGCUCUCAAAAAACAGUCCUAAUCACCCCACAGUCCCCUGCCAAGUGCCAGCCACAGCAGAAAGGGUUCCUCUUUGUCCUGCCCCAAGUCUUCCCACCACGGGGGAACGGCCAGGGUGAGCCUGCGAGGUCCACCCCCCACAAUACAUCCAGAAGAAGUGACAUUAAUUAUCCAUUUAUUUUUUAUUUUUUAAAGAUUUUGUUUAUUUUUUUUUGACAGAUUACAAGUAGGCACCGAGGCAGGCAGAGAGAGAGGGAGAAAGUAGGCUCCCCGCUGAGCAGAGAGCCCAAUGUGGGGCUUGAUCCCAGGACCCUGGGAUCAGGACCCGAGCUGAAGGCAGAGGCUUUAACCCACUGAGCCACCCAGGUGCUCCUAAUUAUCCAUUUAAUACAAAUUUCCUCUCCCCUGACUUGGAAACAUUAAGAGACCUUUCCUGCAAUGUGAGUAUUAAGCCAAACAAAGUACAUAAAGGUUUCAGCACAGGGUCCUUGGUUCCUGAUGACAACAGCAGUCAGGUUCCCAGGUGAGUUCAAAGACAGAGCCAUGGGGCACGCCCUGGAGGAGGCUCCACUAGUCUCAGCACCCCAGUGGGUGUGGGAGAGCCAGGAGGGGUUUGGGAGGCCCGCAGCGCUUUAAUGGCUCUGCUAACCGCCUCCUGAUAGGGCCAGACUCAUGCCUGAGGGACUCAGGCCGCAGUCUCCACCCUCUACUGUCUCUCUGCCCCACCCUGCCCCCACACACCUCUCAAGCCCCGUGUUCCUGUCUCUCAGAUCUGCUUUGGGCACAGUGAGGAAGCUGGGAAAGAUCCAAGGGCAGGGCAGCGAUAGUAGGAGGACCUGGCAGGUCUGGGGCAUACCUGGGGAAUUCCAAUCAGUCUUCCGGGUGCUCAGGAGCUCCCUUCCUUCUUCCCCUCACCACCCCAGUGUGAGCCAGGACACAGUGGGACCCUAGGCCACACAGUACCAGCUCCAGAAGCCCAGGACUGUGACCAGUGCAGCACAGCAAUGGCCAGCCCCCGGUACCCGGUGUCCGUGUGUGCAGCGGCCCUAGUCCAGACAGCGCGGCAUCAGGUGUGAUGGGGGCGGGGUCGAGGUGGUGUGUGUCCUUGCCACCCCCAAGGAAGAAGGGAGGAUUUUCUGGCCCAGACCCUCAGAGGUGCCCCCACCUUUUGUCUCAACAGACAUUUGCCUUCUCGGUGUGCUGGUCGGACGGCAGCGACACCUUCGUGCGCAGGAGUUGGGAGGAGUUCAAGAAGCUCCAUAAGAGCCUCAAGGAUACCUUCCCCGUAGAGGCGGGCCUACUGCGGAGAUCCGACCGCGUUCUCCCCAAGCUUCCCGACGCAUCGCUUUUGGUGCGUGGGGGGCGCACAGGCCGCGGCCUAGCUCGCCUGCGGCUGCUGGAGACCUAUUCCCGGACACUGCUGACCAUGGCUGCCCGCGUGUCCCAGAGCUCAGCACUCAGCGACUUCUUUGCACCGCAACCCCUGGACCUGGAGCCCAGGCUGCCAGCCGCCAGUCUGGUGAUCCUGCCAGCUCCUGAAGAGCCCCUAGGCCGCCCGACGGACACCCUGGCCAUCCGUGGCCUGGAGGCUCAGAGCCUGCGAUGCCUGCAGCCCUUCAGCACCCAGGACAUGCAAGGCCGCCCUUUCCACACAAGGGCCCAGGAGGUCCUAGACGUGCUGCUGCGGCACUCCUCAGGCUGGUGGCUGGUGGUGAACGAAGACCAGCAAACAGCGUGGUUUCCUGCUCCGUACCUGGAGGAAGCAGCCCCCGGCCCACAACAGCAGCCCUUAGGGAGCAGAGGGUCUCAGUUCUGCGCUUCCCAAGCCUAUGAGAGCAGCCACGCAGAUGAACUCUCCGUGCCUGCUGGGGCGCGGGUGCGCGUGCUGGAAAUGUCUGAUCGCGGCUGGUGGCUCUGCAGGUUCGGCGGGCGCUGCGGUCUCCUCCCCGCUGUACUGCUGCGACCAGAGGGGCUGGGCGCGCUCCUGAGUGGGUCAGGGCUCCACCGCCAGGAGGACAGUGAAGAGGCCAGGGUGGGAGAUCCCCAACGUCCCCCUGAGAUCCCCCAAGGCACAACGCUAACCCCUAUGGUGCCCGCCCACCCUCCGCUCAGCGCCAUUCAGACCCGCUGCUGCACCAUCACCCGCAGGGCGCUGGCACGGAAGUACCCUCUCCAGGGCGUGUGGAGCUGCGCAGAGGGCAGGCCCAAAGCUCCAGACCCCGGGGGUGACUGACGCUGGGUGAAUGACGCUAGCCGGGCCACCGCCACCACAGCCGUGGGAGGAGUAUCCGAGGGUCGGACCUCUGACUGGCGGGGCCAGGAAACCAACCUCCCCCAUGUCCCUAGUAAAGCUCUUCCACUGAGGCACAAGCUAGUAUCUGUGCUGAGGAGCAGGGCCUGCUGGGUCUUGGCAGGGCUGGGGCGAGACACAGUGCACACAUGG